AUUGCUUAGAAAUGUGGUGUUUGAGUACAUUAUGACAGCAAUUCAUUGCUUUGAAUAUUGGAAGAGACUGAUAUGGAAAAAAAAGGUAAGAAAGGAAUAUACCAGAACCCAGAUAAACCUCAGCAUAUUUAGAUUUUAAUUUCCAAAGCUAAAUCAGUAUUGAAGUAGCAUCAACAAAGUCAGAUCUACUUGAGACAUUAACCCCUUAAGGACUAAGCCAAAUGUACACGUUUUGAUCAAAAUAAAACGUAAACAAAACUUUUGGAAUUUGUAUGUUUGUUCAACCGUAUUUCACCUCUUUCAUAUUAAGUGCACCCACACUCAUUAUAUAUCAUUUUAUUGUUCAAGUAUUUAGGAGAAAUUCAGCUUUCAUUUACCAUCAAAUAUUUAGCUAUGAAACAUAAUUUAAUAUGUAUAAAAUAUAAAAAAAUUGAGAAAUUAAGAAAAUUUUUUUUUUUUUAGUUCUGCCUGACAUUUUAACUGUGAAUGUCAUAAUACUGUUUGCUUUAACUGCAAUAAAAUACACAUAUUUGUACUCAGCGAUGACUCACGUGUAAAACUGUACCCCCUUGUACAGGUUUUAUGGUGUUUUGGGAAGUUAUAGGGUCAUGUUACAUUUUUCAGUUUUUUCACACAAUGAUGGCAUACCAUUUGCAAUACUAGACAACCCAAGCUAUUGCAAAUGGGGUAUGUCCAGUCUUUUUAAGUAGCCACUUAGUCACAAACACUGGCCAAAAUUUAGUGUUAAUAUUUGUGUGUGAAAAAUGCAAAAACAAAUUUGAAUGUAAAUUUUGGUCAGUGUUUGUGACUAGAGCCGGGUCCCCAAGGACGGUAUAGCACCGGGUUAAGAAAGAAGUGUACAAUUAACUAAAGUGAGAAUUCAAAGUGACUGUUUUAAGAUUUAAGGCCAAAAAAAAACUCUCCAAGUCAGUUAUGCUUUCAGUUGAAAUUCAUGUUUGAGUUCAGUAAAUAAUGCUGUAAGCUGUGCACUUAUAUAUGCCUCAUGCUAAAGGCUAUGUUUACAAUUUCUUUGCCAGGUGUUCAGGCACAGCUUAUACUGAGGUAUGGCACAUUUGCUGCACUUUUUGAUGCAUUUUCUAGAUCUUUUUAAGGGCUGACAGUCAUGUCUCAAGAAAGACAGGUGUCCAGCUUCUGUACAACUGUAUAAAGAAAAUUCACAUACUGAGCAGAGUCAGGAGCAAAGAUGUCAUAGAGAUGUAGAUUUCAUCCAGUAAACAAUACCUCCAAGUGUCCCUGUUUAGGAGAGGUCCCUCUGCCCCUCUUUUCGAAUGUCCCUCUCUUGUAGGACCUUCAUAUUGUUUGUGUGUAAUAAUACUCAUGGUGAUGUUUAUUUAAACUACAAUAAAUGUGUUUAGAAAUCAGUCCUGCAAAUAAGAUACGUUGCUAUUGUUCUAUAUCACAUUUUAGUAACAUAAAUUGUUAUUAGUAAGUCACUUAAAAUUAUCAGAACAGCAGCGUCCCUGGCCACACCCCCUGUUACACAACUAAAAUUAAAGUGUCCCUAUCUGUCCAUUUGAAAUGUUGGGAGGUAUGCAUUAAACAAUGUGUAAUUAUAUUGAUUUGCCUGGGUUCCAGCAUCACCGUGUUAUCUCAUAAGUUCAUAAACUGCUUCUAUAGUAGCAAAUACAUGUUCACAUUUGAAGAAUUUGAACAUUCUUCUGUUCUAUAUCUAACUGCUAUACCCUUUAUUUCACCAUUUAGAGUAUCAUCAUAGGCAUUCAUAUAGCACCAACGUAUUUUGACAAGACAUCAAAUGAGUAAAAAUAUUUUAAAUAUUUUGUGUUUAUAUAUACUUUUAGUGUUUUAAUACAGAGGUGUGUUUGCAUGUAGUGUUGAUGUUUGAAUGACGGGGUGUGUGUAAGGCUGGCUUUAGCUGUUUGCACCCUUUCCUCUAUGUCCUCUCCUCCUCUCUCCCUCCCGUGUGGCUCAGUCUCUGCCAGGCUGUCAGUAGGACCGGACCUCUGUUACACACGCUUAUCGGAUGAUCCUAAGUGCAUGGGAAUGCCCACGACCCCACUGAUUGUGCAGGCUGCAGUUGUAGUACCAUCGCUGGUUGGCCCCACUGCCGGACAUAAAUUCCCAUGACUUCUUGGGGGGAGCAUUUGGACUACUGGAUCGGCCAGUGUAUGCCACUCAGUGGACCUGGAUAUUGUGCUUACAUUUUGCAGGUUUACUGGUGUACCAGGUUACAUUAAGAUGUCAUAUCUGGAAACACUGAUUAAGUAUUGCCUCUAGAGAACUCCCAUUUCUUUAUCCAAAAAGGAACCAAAAGUUGUCAAAAUGAGAGAAAGACCACUACUAAAAUGGGUGGAAAUGGUCAGUGAGUGACUAGAGUUCUGUUCUAUUUCUUUACCUACAUAAUAACAGUUUUACCUGGUAUCUUGCAAAGUGAGGUCAGACCUAGAGCCAAUCCUUGCAAUGUUCCUGGGUCGAAAAAGCUAAAGGGUAUUCAGCGCUAAGCAAUAACUGGAACAGUCCAAAGACUUACUAAGUUUUUAAAUAUUUUUGUAUGAUUAUGUUAAUUAAUUUUGGUCAUGUGACCUGUGAUGUCACAGAACCAUUAUUUUCAAAUCCCCCCCCUAUUUAAGCAGCUUAGGUUCCCCAUGUCUGUUAAACACUUUUAAGAAAGCCUCUUGCCAGGUGAAACGCGUUACUUGUAUUUAUUAUUAUCUACCUCACUUUGAAUCUGGAACAUUUUUCUUGUUUUAUAUUAACUACCUUUAAAUAAAAGUACUUUUUUAUUGGGCCAACCAUUGCUGCUAUUGUGCUUGAACUACCGUAUUCGUGGUGGGGAUUGUACCACCCAAGCCCGAGAGAUAGAGCAGUCCACAUUUGCUCCAUCAAAUGUGAGUAAAUAGGGGCGGGGUCUGAGCACGGAGCUGAGUGGAAACAUGCAGGCACAGCUCCCGCUCUGCACGACACUCAAACCAACUAAGAGACAUAUUACAGACCAGAAACUAUAUAAAAUGGGCUACCAGCAGAAAGGCGAAGCAACGCUGAACGUUUCAGUACCACACACGAAGCUAUAGCAGCCGAUAUGGCAAUCAGUUGACAAGCAACCUGAUUGCCGGGGGAGGUGGCCGACCUCCCGACACAGGGUCAGCACCGCAUGGCAGCUUUCCUGUUGCCCUGCAACCCCCCUAUGGACCGGUGGGGGAUAUCCUGUUCCCCACUGGAAACACAUUCUCGCCCGACUCGGGGACAAUCACUGUCCGACGGCAAGUCACGCGAGGCGCCCAAGAUGGCCGCCAUACCACACUCUGAGCAAACCACGGAGGAUCCGGGGCUCCAGCAAUGGAGACGGUGCUUCGAGGCCAUGUUCAAUCAAAUUUGCCAAGCAUUUUGGAGAAACCUACAACACAGGACUCCACCUCAAGCCUCACACGUGAAGCAGGAGAACAUACUGGCAGCGGUCCGCCCCACCCACUCCAGGUGGGGGACCCACGCUGGGGCGCACCCACAUCGCCACCCUCCCAGCCGGAAGGCUCCUUGCAAGCUGAUGAACCUCGAGAACCUGGCACACACUGGGCUAAGAACUGCCGCACUUAAAUCAACCAGCCGACACCUCACAAAGCAGCGAACAACUAAGAAGCAACGGAGAGUAGUCGGUUACAGCCAGCAAAGGAGUCUCCACUACAGACGUAUCUCUGACCACUCAGACCAAGCGGAGGGCUACCGGAGAGACCCGAGCAGCAACUCCCGUCAACGGGCCAUCCAUCAAACGUAGGGACCCACCAUGGAGGAGAACAGCGAAGCCACCUACCUCUAGGACAGCGGACUGUGUUACUUAACUCUGAAUCCGCCAUGAUAUAGAUGGACACCAUCUUACCUUUACCAUGCUGUAAGGACUAAACCGUAUUCCAGCGGUCACUCUACCCAGUAAGCGCUGAUUGUGUGACGUUAUAUCUCUCACUACUUAAACCCAAAUCGUAUUUUCAAAGCAUGUUGUUAAAAUUGGACAUACAUGAAUAGCCUGCAACCCAGCUACUUACAUAAAGACAUGUGCGAUAGCAUUACACUUCUGUUUACACUACCAUAUACCUACCAUACCUAACAUGCAUACACAUCCUGGAUACUCACCUAGGCAACUCACUCUCACGCUGUCAGCUAGAAUAUUGAGAGCUCAACACAUUGCCUUAUCACUGUUUACUAAUAUAUGUUCAACGCAUCAUCUCUUGACUAUAUGCCUAAAACUGUGUCCAGCUUGUUUCAACACAAAUACAAAAAUGUGCAGAUUCCAUGUGCCAAAUUGAAUGCUUGUUGCUUCUCUAUGCGUGCUGUUGUGGCACUUCACAAAUGCCUGUACCUUUCUUGCACAGAAAAAUAAAGAAUAUAAGAAAAAAAAAAAUAGUAUGACACAGAACAAAUGUAAUUUGCGGGAAUGAAAUCUGUACUCAUAUAUUUAAGGUUUUCUUCCUUAUUUUAUAUCUUCCCUUCAUAUAUUCACUUUUCUUCUAACUUACAUUUAAAAAAAUUUUAAUUUAAAGGUCUACUUGAACUCACCAUAGCCAUUUCAGAUAAUCCAUCAAAACAAUGUGAUCAUUGUUCUUUAAACCCCCACAACUUCUGUCCAUUUGUAUCAUCCCAUUAUUUUUAGUCCAGAGCUGUCACCUCUCUGUUUUCUUGAGGUCCAUUUUCUUCACCCAGUUUCCCUUUCCCUAUACUCCAGCCUUUGCAUUAAUAAAACCAAAAUAUGUAACCCUCAAAAAAAAUAAAAAAAUGUGAGUAUAUAUCUUACCACUUUAAUUGUAUUUUGUGCUUUACGGUACACACUAUUUUGGUUUUUCUUUUUCCCUUUUCUCCUAUAUUUCUGGAGGGAAAAUACCAUCAUCUAUACUUACAAGUGGGCACUACACUAUAAUAUCCUAAGCCCAUAUCCGCAGAGCUGCUUAUGUUUCCACCAUCUGAGUAACCACACUAUAUCCAUAGGCGGGGAUUGUUCCGCCCAGGCGUUCAAGUUGGAGCUACAAUUUUAGCUCCAGGAAAUUGUGAGUGAAUUUAUUUUGUUUUAUUCUAUUUAUUUGGACAGUAACAUACUACACUAUAUAUUUUCCCUAUUUUUUUCCUCCCUGCUUUUAUAUAUAUAUAUAUAUAUAUAUAUAUAUAUAUCUCUUAAGGACACUUUAGGCGCUGCACCACUUUCAAUGUUCCUGGGUAUGUUAUCAUCACAUACAUUUUUCAUUUUUGACCUAUCAGUUUGUCCUAAGUUCCUGCAAGUCAAUAUAUAAAUUAUGUCUAGUCUCUGUAUAUCAGGUAAUGGUACCUGCUAAUAACACUAACAUUAAUUCCUUUCUGGACUUGAUUAAUUUGUAAUUCGUACAAAAAAAACCAAACACACACACACACACACACACAAUUAGCGUAAUUCUGGUUAUAAAUGUGUUAAAGGGUAUCAUUACAAACCAGUUCGUUUCUCUUUGUAAACUCAAAUUAUAGCUGGGGGACAUGAUGACGUGAGGGUGUGCACGCACGUGUAGGGCGUGAGCUUGAGAGAGAGGUUUCGAGGGCCACAAGGAAGGAAGGCCGCCAGAGCAAGUAGAGAGGCAGGAAGGAAAAAAGACGGAGCAAGUGGGAGACAGUUUUGUGGCUGCGAGAGGUAGCAAGAGGGAGCUGGGGAUAUAGACUUUCAACGUGGAUGCAGUAGUAUAAAAAUAGGGCGAGCAGCUGGAAGGAAGGCAGUAAACGAAAACACAAACCGAGGAGUGCAGAUAAACUACGUUUAUUGUAUUUGUUUAAUCUGAGUGGAGACUUCUUGGGGUUUGGGGAGGUCUAUUCAGAAAAGUAACAUAGAGCUGUGUUGUAGCAACUAGGCAAAAGGAAUCAAAUCAUUAUCUAAUAUAAAACAGAGGGGGGCAGGGAGGAGGGGAUUUUCCUGUGCUUGAAGCUCCUUAUUGUCCUUAAUACAACUUACAGCCUAAUAGCCCAACAACAGUGGUGGGAGUAGUGAGAGGUUGGGAAUACUUAUUCCUAGAGGAAUAAGUAUUGAGAGAGGUGGAUACUAACCAUCAGGUCCACCAAGCUCGUUGCCAGAAGGUUAAAAAAUUUGCUGGUCUAAUUAUAUUUUUGCAGUUUUUUCUAGAACCUAAAGUUCUUAAAUAAAAAGGGGGAAAAAAUAAGAUAUAUAUAUAGAUAGAUAGAGAGAGAUAGAGAGAGAGAGAGAGAGAGAGAGAGAGAGAGAGAGAGAGAAUAAAAUUAAUUCUUUCCAAGGAAGGAGAGAAUACUUGGGAAGUAAGAGUAAUAAUAAAAGGAAGAUUAAGAAAUUGACAAAGAGGGAUCGGAGAGAUGGUCUCAAAAAAAGGUUAUGACCUUGAAAAAAUGGGGAAAAAAAUAAGGAUGAAAAAGAGAAGGACAAAACACAAAGUAAAUUACUCUUAUCAUACUAUUUGUCUCCAGAUCCAGAAACAACCAAUAGGAGAAGAACAAGCUCCCCACCAAAGCUAACAAAGAAAAACAUUAAAGAAGGCAUUGAGCAUGUACUUCAAUUAACUGGACCACUUGAACAAGAAGUUAUUACCAGAGAAUUUCUAAUUAAACUAUUAGAAGACCAUAGGGAUACAAUCACAGAAGAUUUCCUGGUCUCUACUAAAGAAUUGAAGGAGGAAAUUAAAAGUUUGAAUACAAAACUUCAGGAAAAUCAAGAUAAUCUUGAUUCCUUAAAAUUUGAUUUUUUAAAGCAACAGGAGGCGUAUGAAAUGCUAAACAACAAAUAUUCAGAUAUUCAAAAAAAAUUGUCUGACCUUGGAGACAGAUCAAGGAAAAUCAAUCUCAGAAUAAGAAGAGUAUCAGAAGCUAUUAAAAACCAAGAAAUUAAGGAUGAUCUAUUUGACUUCUUCAAAGAAAUAGCUACAUAGUUACAUAGUUACAUAGCUGAAAAGAGACUUGCGUCCAUCAAGUUCAGCCUUCCUCACAUUUUUUUUUUUUUAAUGUUGAUCCAAAAGAAGGCAAAAAAAACUGUUUGAAGCACUUCCAGUUUUGCAACAAGCUAAGCAAAAAAUGUAUUUCUUGACCCCAGAAUGGCAGUUAGAUUUAUCCUUGGAUCAAGCAAUUAUUACCCUACAUUGAAAGAUUAUAUCCUUAAAUAUUUUCUUUUUGCAAGUAUGCAUCUAGUAGCUGUUUGAACAUCUGUAUGGACUCUGAUAAAACCACUACUUCAGGCAGAAAAUUCCACAUCCUUUUUGUUCUUACAGUAAAAAAUCCUUUCCUUUGCCUUAGAGGAAAUCUUCUUUCUUCCAGUCUAAACACAUGACCUUGUGUCCUUUGUAAAGUCCAGUUUGUGAAUAGAUUUCUACACAAUGGUUUGUACUGGCCCCGAAUAUAUUUGUAUAAUGUUAUCAUAUCCC